CGACAUACGACGACAUAUCGGUCGGUGCCACCGCCAACUGCCGAAAAGUACAUACAAUGUGUUGUCUUGUAUCAAUAAAAGUACCUAAAUAUGCUCGACGCAUACGGGGUAAUUCAAACCAGUUUUCUACGUGCUCAAUUCUGUGGCUGUGGAAGCUAUAAACAUUCAACAAAGAAUUAAAGGAAUUAAGAACCCGUAUAUUUCACUAUCACAGCCCGGCGCUACCCCACACCCGUCUGCCGGAACAGUGGAGAUCACUAAAAGGCGGCCAAGUGAUAGUCGGCGCUUGAUGAACACGGCAUUUGCUCCGUGCAAGGUACGCAGUAUAAAGAAUGCAGAACGGUAUGGCUCCGUAGCAGCUAUCAUCAGUUGCACCGAGUUUUUUUGCCCACUGAGGCUAACGGCCAACCAUGGUGUUCCGCAGCAUUGCCAUAUCGCUCCUAUUCUUGACCACUUCGUUUGUAAAUGGUCAAGAUGAUCUCGGAGUCAAGAACGGCUUUACAACGUUCGAUGCUGGAAGCCUCAAAGGCAAUAUUGUCAAGAGCUCCCAGACACUCGCCUCCUUGAACUCGACUGGAAAUGCGUUCGACUUCCUUCCAUCGGAUCGGCUUUCCCAGCUAGCUUUCAAUGGCGCUCAUCACCUGGGCGAUAUCACCCUCCGUUACCGCAGAGGUGGUAAUGCAUGGACGAGUGUCGACUCUGCGGCAGCACGCAAACCUGUCACGGCCUUGAGUCGUCUCGGUCGAGGCGUGAUCGCUGGAGCCGAUUUGACGCCCACUCUGCCCAGUGGACUGCCUCUCAAGGUCACAAGAGAAUGGUUGCAGUACGAGAACGGUCUUGCUGUGCGCUUCAACAUCACAAACAAUGGCAGCAGCAGUGUAGAAUUGGGCAGUCUCGGGUUCCCCGUCAGCAUCAACAACAUCUUUACUGGAAGAACCGCCGAAGAGACUCAAGACAAAUGCGCCCUUGCCGAUCCGUACAUUGGUCUGGACGCUGGUUAUGUGCGCGUGUCCCAUCUGGAAGGCACUGGUAACGCUCUUGUAGUCACACCCAUUGGAGCAGCACAUUUCGAAGCUUGGAGGUUUCUUCGCGAACCGCAAGGUAACUUCGGCUAUCAGUCGCAGACCUUUGAAGGGAACUACGAGUGGCAGGUUCACAGUCUUGCUUAUGCGCAGAACGAGUGGAAUGCCACCACGCCCUGGAAUCAGCCGACCUCCAAGGCUUUACAAGGCGGGGAGGUGUACUCAGUCGGGCUCCGAUUCUCGGUUGCGGAGAAGAUCCAGACUAUCGAAGACGCGGUCACCAAGGCUGGGUCUCCACUUGCGAUUGGUAUUCCAGGAUACGUUGUCCCAGCCGAUACUUCAGCGAGACUGUAUAUCAAUCAUACUUCGCCAGUCAAGAAUAUUGAUGCCGGAGGUGCUUUCACCAUUGCUAAAUUGGCUUCUGCCAACUCCGCGUACAAGCUCACCCCAACAGCUUCUGCAUGGGGCCGGGUUCGAGUCACAAUCUCAUACGAGGAUGGCAAGACUCAGACGGUGCACUACAAGAUUACGAAAGCAGCCCCUUCUGCUCUUGCUGAUAUGGGCAGCUUCUUUUCCACUGCCGCCUACUUCAAUGACACUUCAGAUCCCUUCAAUCGCGCACCAUCAAUCAUGACAUACGACCGCGAAGUCAACAAGAUUGUAGAACAGGAUGCGCGAGUCUGGUUUGCUGGUAUCAGCGACGAGGCAGGAACUGGAGCAUAUCUGGCAACUGCUAUGAAGCAGUUCGCUCAGCCAAACGCUGCUGAAGUUUCGGCUGUGGACAAUUUCGUGCACGAGACGGUCGUAGGCACACUGCAGCAGAAUGGUACCUUCGGCGUUGUUGCAAGUGCGUUCUACUAUGAGCCUGCCGCAGUGCCCAACUACAAGUAUCAACCAUUUGACUGGGGCUCAUGGACAUCUUGGGACAAAGCACGAGCCUACACAACGCGUCGAGCAUACAACUACGUUCAUCCUGUGGCGGCUUAUUGGUCGCUUUACCGAACUGCCAGGAACUUCCCUGAGACAAAGCUCCGAGCUGAGUGGUCAUGGUAUCUUGGUCGCGCAUUCAACACUACGCAGUACUGCUUGUCAAACAGGGGUGCUAACUGCGAUUACGCUCUUGUUGGGCUCAUGGGUGAAUGGGUGUUCGGAGAGCUCCUCAAGGACCUCAAACGAGAAAAUAUGACUAGGGAAGCUUCGGCCCUCGAGACAACCAUGCGCUACCGUGCGAAUCUGUGGGAGACACAAGCCAUCCCCUUCGGCAGCGAGAUGGCCUGGGACAGUACUGGUCAGGAAGGCGUCUACUACUGGACCGACUACUUCAAUCUUCCCAAGACCCCAUCGAAAGCUAUCAGCAGCAUCCUGGCGUACAUGCCUGCUGUUGCCCACUGGGGCUGGAACGGCAAUGCACGCCGCUACUGGGACUUCAUCUAUGGCGCGAAGAUCCAGCAGAUUGAACGUCAAAUCCACCACUAUGGUUCUGGUCUUAACUCGUUGCCAAUGCUGCACUGGUACGAGCAGAAUCCCAAGGACAACCUCUAUGCGCUUCGUAUUGGGUUUGCGGGUAACACUGCCCCGCUCACUAACAUCGAUGAGGGUGGCUUCGCCUCUGCAGCGUUUCACUCUUUCCCCGAGCUACUGAAGUGGGAUCCAUUCUCUGGCGACUACGGUCAGGGCUUCCUGGGUCUGACUCUGGGACAAGCCGUCUACAUCGUGAAGGAUAGCAAAUUCGGUGUACAGGCUUUCGGUGGCGACAUCGAUGAGGCGCGCUCUACUGCUUCAUCAACCGUCGUCGUGCCCAAGGAUGCUGUCAGGAAGCGAACCUUCAUUGCUGACCUAGGACUGAAGGUUGAAAUCAGUGCUGGCGCGAUCAGCGAGAUUGUGUAUGACGCAGGUACGCAAAAGCUCAGCCUCACGCUCAUCCCUGCUGUUUCGACGAAGGCGCUGCAGGCCAAGUCUGCUAUUGUCUGGUUGGAGCAGCCAGCUUCGGGUACAGUUGGCUUCGCCGUGGCAGGUGCUCAACAAGCACGCGGCGGCUAUGUUGUUGACCUCAAGAGUGGAAGCGCGAAGAUUGAUAUUACGAAGCGAUAAGUAGUACAUAGGUAAAAUGCAUCGUCUAUUGCCGAUCAAUUAUAGCAAUACCAACUCGACCAUUCC